AUAUGGACAGUGAAAGGAACUUGCAUUCUACUCGAGAUCGAUGCUGUACCCAGUAUAAAUGUAAUUUACGUUCAAAUAAUACGUAUGACGAGUGACAAGAAAUAACAAAGGAAAUUUACGAACGGCCGAAAAGUGCAAGACAAAUGGUUUAUCAACGUGGAAAUCAAAGGGAAGGUUCCCCACAUUAUGUCUUUUUAUAUUCAGACGAUGAGAACAGUGAAAAUGAAGAAAACAUUCCCUUGCAGCCACGUACUAAGACUACAUCCUUACCACGUAAGGUGGAAGUGAUUAAUGUUCAAUUGAAGUCUGAGGAUACCUUGCAAGCUUUGGCACUGCGAUAUAGAUGCACGAUAUCUGAAUUGAAAAGGAUCAACAAAAUUCAUAAAGAAAAUGAAAUUUUUGCAAAGCGUUUUAUAAAAGUACCUAUUCAACCAUUUUCCAUAUUGAGUGAAACUUUGGAGCAAUCUCGAAGUGGGCAGGCAGACCAAAAUGAUGUAAGUAUACUAUCAUCCGAAGGAGAGACAGCAAAUGCAGCCACCAACGAUUCAUUGAUAGAUUUAAUAAAAAAACCAGUAGUAACUGAAUUGCCAGAGGCAGAGAUUAAUACAAUUAUAUUAAAUUCUGUGUGUGAGCCUUUGUCGUCGUUUAACAGUAAUAAUUUGUUAGAAAUUACUAGCUCAGAAUGUGAUACACUGCUUACUUUAACAGAGAGUAAUUCAAACAACUCUCAUUUAACAGACACAUUUAAAUGUUCUGGUGACGAUUGUGGAUUAUCUUGGACCCAGCUCCUUGGAUUUUCCCUAUUAUUAGGUUUUGCAGGGCCUAUUAUAUACAUACUUUACAUAACUCAAUUUUCAUCUAAAAAUCAGACACUUGCUAAUCACUAGUAAUGCUUUAGUUAAAAAAUAUAUUAAUUGUUAUUAUAAUGAAUAAGUUAUUAGGUUCAGAAAGUUUGCAACAGGGAUGGGCACAUUUGAAUGAUUUUAUAAUUGAAAUACAUCUAAAGAAAACAUCCAGUUUCAUUGAUGAAUAAAAAAUACAUUACUGUUUCAGAUCAUGUGUAUAUGGUAUUUGUGUGGUGUUUGCUCCUCAAAUUUUUUAUAAACAAUUGAAUAAAUUCAAAAUAAAUACUAAACGAAUUAGUGAGGCAUUAUUGUAUUCAUCAUUUGAAUACUUUUUAAAAUUCAUUUUGCCUGUCCCUGUAGAAAACUACGUUUUUCGAAUAAGUGAGAUUACUUUUAAAUAUAAACUGAAAAUGUCUAUCUACAGUGCUCUGCUGACUAGAAGUUUCCUGCAUUGCAAUCAGAGGAAUUUUUGCCAGCGGAGCACAGUACUUGCCAUUACAUUGUUAGUAUUGGCAUAAAAUGAUAUUUACUGAAAGAUCUGAAGAUACUAUUUUCUUAUACUAGAAGAAUGUAAAAAUAAGGUACAUUUUUAUCAAAACGACGCUAAUGUUAAAUAGUAUAAUAUGUAAGUUAAAGUGCCUUUGUGAUUAUCUAUUUAACACAUUAGUAUUACAUAGAAGAGAUGCGAAUGUUUAUGCUAUUGCAUGUGUGAAUACAUCUUAUUAAACUUUGAUGUAUUUGUACUGAAUAUUAUGUGAGUAUGAUAACCGAAAACAGGGAUUGCCAAAGAUAUGCUCAUUGGCAGUUGAGCUACCUGUAAGGAUUUUAUACAGAAGAAUUAAAAAAUAUAUGGAACAGGCCUGACGAACUUUUCCGCGGGCCAGACGAUUUUCCCUUCAGCUAGCCGAUUCCUCCACUAUAAAAAAUGCAAGCGACGAAUGAAGGCCCCACGAUAUCCUGCCGGUCCCCACUCCUCAAAAAUAACAUUUAGCUUAUUUCUUGGCUAUACUGCUCACUAUUCCUACACCGCGGUCCGCGACUUUUCGGCGAUCGAGUGGGAGGUUAAGGAAGUGGGGGAAAAGGGCCAAUCAUGGCCCGCGGAUCUCUAGUUCAUCAGGCUUAAUAUAGGAUAUGCUAAAAUUGACGAUGCAAACUUUGGGUACGCAUAGUGUUCAUCAAAAUAAGUAAAAGUGUGCUAGUGAGUAUAGUUGUACGAAUCAAAUUUUCAAAUCAUAAGGAAAAUUUUAUAUCACCGCAGGUGUUCGAAGUGUUUUACGCCUAUUUCAAUGCAUGUCUCGACACGUAUCCUCAGUAAAGUUCGCUCAAGAAUGCCAGGUUUCACUCUUAUUUCUCGACAAGAAACUGGCAUACAAUCACAAACAGAGGACAUUUGAGUCAACAAUUUUAUAAUAGGUAUGUCUUUUAAUCUGUAAACAAGUGAAUUCUAGACCAAAGUUUACUAAUAGUUUUGUACUUAUUUUGAUAAGUUAUUUACGUAUUUUUAAACGUGAGCUAAUCGCAAACAGAUAAUGUCUCAAAUCAAAAUGAAAGGAAGACACUUCAGACACUGAUAAAAUCAAAUUUUUCUUUCUAACUCGGACAUUAUUAACUUUUAAAGCCACUUUUAUUAAUACUUUUUUUUCAUUUGGACUAGUAUUAUAUUUAUGUACCCAAAGUUUGUACUAUAUUUAUUCUUUUUUAAACUUCGAAAAUAAGAUUUCAGUCUUACGUGAUAUUAAUUACGUUUUGUUUUUUUCUAA